AUGGAAAUUGACGUUCCUUUUUUUUUGGAAAUAGCCAAUUGUCGUCGUUUUACAGAAUAUUUAAGAAAACAUUCUAAAAUAGAAAGUUCUGUAAAAUGUAUGAACGAAACAGAACUUACUAAAUUAGAUUAUGAAAAAAUACUCACGAGAGCAAAAUGUGAAUCGACACAAAACAGUUUUAAUGAAAAAUUUUGUUCUAACGAAUCAAAAGAAUUAAUACAUUCAUCUGCAUCGUACAUUUUUCAAUUGCUUUUAAAUGAAAAAAUGGUUUUGCAAAAACACAUAGAAUCUUUGAAGCAGCUAUUCGGUGUAGUAUCUCCUAGUGAUGUUAAAUAUUUAUUUGAGGCCAUUAAAGAAAUUUCAUUUAAUCUCGAUGAGGAUGUCCUACAGCUGUUUAAUAAUAAUUCCAAUGAGAAAAAUUAUCGUUUUCUCGAAAACAACACACCAUAUGUGCCUUUGAAUUCGAUUGAAUGGGAUGCAAGGUACAAAGAUAAACACAAAUUAACAUCUUUUAGUCAGGCUGUUAAAAAUUUUGAUAAUGAUAAUAAAAUUGUUAAUGAAAUAUCUAACUACUUAUCUCAAACUAAAAGUAUAACAAAAGAUGUCAUGAAUACUGAAGAUUUUGCCCAAAUUAUAAUAAAUCUUUUAAAAACGAGUAAAUCAAAUGAAGAACUUCAAAAUGAAUUAUUCGAUAUUUUGGGUUUCGAUCAUUUUGAACUUAUUCAAUCUUUGCUUGAUCACAGAAAAGAGAUUAUUCAAAAUAAUUCUGAAUCACCCACAGCCUCAUCAUCUCAAACAAAAGGUAUGGGAAAAAGAAUGUUACAUUUUAUUAUUAUUAUUAUAACUCUUUUUAAUACUUUUACUAUUGUAUUUUUAGUGCCAACAUCUAAAAGUGUAGCGUUUACUAAUGAAAGAGAAAAUCAUUCACAGACGCAGUUUGAAACGGAAGCAAGAAAAAUCUCGGAAAGAUUAGAAUUAGGUGUAGUGGAAAGAAAUUUAAAUGAUAUAUUUUUUCGUCCUGAUCCGUCUAAAAGUAUUUAUUCAAAUUAUGAAAAUAAUAAAACAUCAGAGAAAUCGAGUUUAUUCAAAAAAAAAGUUCCGACAACGGUAAAAUAUCCGAACGUGUAUGAUUUAAAAGAAAGCAUGAAAACAACUCCAGGUUACGUCGCCGGCACAAAAAUCCUUCUUCCCGAAGGAGUCGAAAGACAAUUUAAACCUUCUUACGAAGAGAUUUCCAUUCCAUUAUCUGAAAAACCUCCCGCCGACGUUGGUCAAAAAAUAAUAGGCGUAAAUGCUUUAAAUAAAAUAGGACAAUUAGCUUUCGAAGGAAUUAAAAGUUUGAACAAAAUACAGUCGGUGGUUUUCGAUGCGGCGUAUCAUUCUAAUGAAAAUCUUUUAAUAUGCGCUCCUACGGGAGCGGGUAAGACAAAUAUAGCAAUGUUGACAACCGCUCAUCAAAUUGAACAGCACGUUGAAAAUGGAGUAAUCAAAAAAGACUCUUUUAAAAUCGUUUACAUAGCCCCGAUGAAAGCUUUGGCAGCUGAAAUAACGAAAAAUUUCAAUAAGCGUUUAAAUCCGUUGGGAUUGUUAGUUAAAGAAUUAACCGGUGACAUGCAAUUGACUAAAUCUGAAAUAUUAGAAACUCAAAUGUUGGUAACCACGCCGGAAAAAUGGGACGUUGUCACUCGGAAAGGAACAGGUGAUAUAGCGUUAACGAAAUUAGUAAAACUUUUAAUUUUUGAUGAAGUUCAUCUUUUGCAUGGGGAUAGAGGUCCCGUCGUGGAAGCACUCGUUGCGAGAACUCUUAGACAAGUUGAAUCAUCUCAAAGCAUGAUAAGAAUCGUGGGAUUAUCAGCGACAUUACCCAAUUAUCUGGACGUCGCUAAAUUUCUCAGAGUUAAUCCUCACGUCGGACUUUUUUUUUUCGAUUCGAGAUUUCGACCCGUACCUUUGAAGCAAACUUUUAUCGGUGUUAAAGCGACGAAGCCCUUACAGCAAAUGAAUGAUAUGGACAAUGUUUGCUAUGAAAAAGUUUUAGAGCAAGUUCAAAAAGGACAUCAGGUUAUGGUAUUUGUUCACACUCGUAAUGGAACCAUUCGUACGGCAAAUGUUCUCAAAGAACUUGCCAUGAAAGACAAUCAAUUGGACGCUUUUCAACCUGAUGAAUCUCCUAAAUUUACAUUGGCAAAAAAAUCAAUUAGUCGAUUGAAAAAUAAACAAGUCGCGGAAUUAUUUCCUUUGGGAUUUGCUUGUCAUCAUGCAGGAAUGUUGAGGGCCGACAGAACAAUCAUCGAGAAUUAUUUCGGAGAUGGUUUGAUAAAAGUUUUAGUUUGCACUUCUACUUUGGCCUGGGGUGUUAAUCUACCCGCUCACGCUGUUAUAAUCCGGGGAACUGAGAUUUACGAUGCCAAACACGGUUCAUUCGUGGAUUUGGGAAUACUGGAUGUUUUACAAAUAUUCGGACGUGCUGGUCGGCCGCAAUUCGAUACUUCUGGACACGGGAUAAUAAUAACGAGUCACGAUAAACUAAGUCAUUAUUUAUCCCUUCUCACCGAUCAGUUUCCCAUAGAAAGUAAUUUUAUCAAUUUCCUCGCCGAUAACUUAAAUGCCGAGAUUGCUUUGGGAACCAUUUCAAACGUCGAAGAAGCAGUUGAAUGGUUGAGUUAUACAUUUUUGUUCGUCAGAAUGAAAGUGAAUCCGUUAGUUUACGGAAUAACUUACAACGACGUUCAAAAUGAUCCCUUGUUGAUAACCAAGCGACAAGAAUGGAUUCAUGCAGUCGCAAAAGCAUUGGACAAAGCCAGAAUGAUCAGGUACAACGAAAGAACGGAAGACUUGAAUAUAACGGAUCUCGGUAGAACGGCUAGUCAUUUUUACAUAAAAUACGAUACGGUUGAAAUUUUUAACGAAAUGAUGAAAACAAUAAUGACGGAUUCGGAAGUGCUUAAUUUGAUUGCUCACGCUCACGAAUUUCAACAGCUUAAAGUUCGUGACGACGAAAUGGACGAAUUGGAUCAGCUGACCCGCGAUUAUUGUCCUCUGGAAGUCAUGGGAGGAAGUGAAAAUUUACACGGGAAAAUAAAUAUCCUUUUGCAAACUUACUUGUCCUGCGGUCGAAUCGAUUCGUUUUCCCUAAUAUCCGAUCAAGCUUACAUUAUUCAGAACGCCAUAAGGAUCAUUCGAGCUCUUUUUGAUAUUGCAUUGAGAAAAAAGCAAGCCAUCAUGACGUCGAGAUUUUUACUAAUGUCGAAAUUGUUGGAGCUUCAAAUGUGGGAAACGGAUUCUCCGCUCAAGCAAUUCGGUUUUUUCGGUAACGACAUUCUGGGAAAGUUGGAAGCGAAAAAUUUGAGCGUUGAAAAGCUCAGAGAAAUGGAUCAUCGUGAAAUCGGCGCCAUGAUUCGAAAUCCCAAAUAUGGGAAAAUCGUACAAAACAAAGCGUUCGAAAUACCCUUGCUCAAACUCGAAUCGGUUCUUCAGCCCAUCACUCGUACGGUUUUAAGAAUACGAUUGAAAAUCAGCGCGGAUUUCAAAUGGAACGAUAAAGUUCACGGGAAAACAACGGAACCGUUUUGGAUUUGGAUAGAAGAUCCCAAUUCGAAUUUCAUAUAUCAUUCCGAAUAUUUUCUCAUAACUAAAAAACAGGUAAUCAAAAACGAAGAGCAAGAAUUGAUUAUGACCAUACCUAUAUCCGAACCCCUGCCGUCUCAAUACUACGUCAAAGUCGUCAGCGAUAGAUGGUUGGGAUCCGACAUGACGGAGGCAUUGUCAUUUUUAAAUUUAAUAUUACCCGAAACUCAUCCUCCUCACACGGAUUUGCUUCCUCUUCAACCGCUUCCGGUGUCCGUGCUCGAUGAUCCCGCUCUGGAAAAAUUGUACAAAUUUUCUCAUUUCAAUUCGAUUCAAACACAAAUUUUUCAUUGUUUAUAUCACACGGAUAAAAAUGUUUUACUGGGAGCUCCGACGGGAUCCGGAAAAACAGUCGUGGCGGAAAUUGCCAUGUUUAGAGUUUUUAGAGUGUAUCCGGGUGCGAAGGUUGUGUACAUAGCUCCGUUGAAAGCUCUUGUUCGGGAGCGAAUGGAGGACUGGAAAAUAAGACUCGAGAAAAAUCUCAAACGUAAAGUGGUCGAAUUAACCGGAGAUGUUUCGCCCGACGUGAAAGCAAUAAAUGCAGCCGACGUCAUCGUCACGACUCCCGAAAAAUGGGACGGAAUCAGUAGGAGUUGGCAAACUCGAAACUACGUUCGUAAAGUGGCAUUGAUAAUAAUCGACGAAAUUCAUCUUUUGGGAGAGGAUCGGGGACCCGUUUUGGAAGUCAUCGUUUCCCGUACUAAUUUUAUUUCUUCCUACACCACGAAUCGCUUUAGAGUCGUUGGACUUUCGACUGCUUUGGCAAAUGCAAAAGAUUUGGCCGAUUGGUUAGGUAUAGGACAGAUGGGAUUAUACAAUUUUCGUCCUUCCGUACGUCCCGUACCGUUAGAAGUUCACAUAUCCGGUUUUCCCGGCAAGCAUUACUGUCCGAGAAUGGCGACAAUGAACCGUCCAACAUUUCAAGCCAUCCGUCAACAUUCUCCCGUUCAACCUGCUCUCGUGUUCGUUUCUUCGCGGCGUCAAACCCGAUUGACAGCUCUCGAUCUGAUUGCGUACCUUGCGGGAGAAGACAAUCCUAAACAGUGGCUUCACAUGAAAGAGGAAGAAAUGGAUCAAAUUAUUUUAAACACGAAAGAUUCCAAUUUAAAAUUGACGCUGGCUUUCGGUAUAGGUAUGCACCACGCGGGUCUCGUGGAACGGGAUAGAAAAACCGUCGAAGAAUUGUUUCUCAAUCAAAAAAUCCAGGUUUUGAUUGCGACUGCGACGCUAGCUUGGGGAGUUAAUUUUCCAGCUCACUUGGUCGUCAUCAAAGGAACGGAGUAUUACGAUGGCAAGUUGAAAAGAUAUGUCGACAUGCCGAUAACGGAUGUUUUGCAAAUGAUGGGAAGAGCGGGUAGGCCGCAAUUCGACGAACAAGGAGUUGCCGUCGUUUUGGUACACGACGUGAAGAAAAAUUUUUACAAAAAAUUCCUCUACGAACCUUUUCCAGUUGAAUCUUCUCUCCUGGAAGUUUUACCGGAUCACUUGAAUGCAGAAAUCGUUGCGGGAUCCAUUCAAACGAAACAAGAAGCUUUGGAUUAUUUAACUUGGACUUAUUUCUUUAGGAGAUUGUUGAAAAAUCCCGCGUAUUAUCAAUUGGAAGGUUCCGUCGAAGAAUGCAUCAAUGAAUAUUUAUCAAAGCUCGUGGAAAAGGCGAUAUCCGCUUUGGAGGAUGCUUUUUGCGUCGAAGUUCAAAUGGAUGAGCGAACCGUUGAGUGUACUUCGAUGGGACGAAUCGCAUCGUUUUACUAUUUGAGUCAUCAAUCCAUGAAACAUUUCAGAGACACGUUGAAAAGGGAUUUAAAUUACGAAGAAUUACUUCAAGCUCUGUGUAACGCACACGAAUACAGUCAGUUGCCGGUUCGUCACAACGAAGACAAUUUGAAUGGAGAGCUUUCUAAAAAAUGUCCGCUUCCGGUCAAUCAAUACACUCUGGAUUCUCCAUUUACCAAAGCCGAACUUCUUUUUCAAGCUCAUUUUUUCGACGUUCCUUUGCCCUGCGCUGAUUAUUACACGGAUUUGAAAUCGGUUUUAGAUCAAUCGAUACGAAUCAUUCAGGCGAUGAUUGACAUUUGCGCCGAAGAAGGGUGGCUGGCUUCCACUCUUCGCCUUCAAAACAUGAUGCAAAUGGUUAUUCAAGGCUCUUGGAUUCGUUCUUCGCCGAUUUUAACUCUCCCCCACGUUGAAGAUUUUCACGUUAAAUUAUUGCAAAAGCGAAAUCCGAUAAUGGCGACACUUCCGGGUCUCAUAGAUAAAACCACGAAAGAUUAUUACGCUCUGGCAAACAUUCUCAGGCAAGAUUUGUCCGAGAACGAAAUCGAAGAGAUUCAUAGAGUAAUAUGUUCGUUUCCGGUUUUGAGCGUUAAAUUAAAAAUUCGUUCCGGGGAAGAGGAAAUAGACGUGAGACAACCCAUGAAAAAAGACGAUUGGAUAAAAUUACCGGCGGAUUCGGAGCAUUUCAUAAGUUUGGACAUGAGAAGAAAAAACAAAACGUAUAACGAAGGAGGAGGGAGAGGAGGAGGAGGAGGUGGUGGGGGCGGACUCAAAGCGUACACGCCGAAAUUUCCAAAGGGAACCGACGAGGGAUGGUUUCUUACGCUGGGUUGCGUCGAAGAUGGCGAAUUGUUGGCAUUGAAAAGAGCAUCGAACGUGAGAGCGAACGGUUCGAAUCAGAGUUUGUCAUUCAGGACACCCACCCGAACAGGUCGACACAUUUUGACUCUUUACAUAUUCUCAGACUGUUACUUAGGAUUAGAUCAACAAUAUUCGAUAAACGUAGACAUUUUCGAAAACGAAUAA